UGUGUAUACAUAUACAUACAUAAGUGAACAUAUAUUUAUUCAACUACGUGUGCUCUACGUGGGAUGUACUGAAAUAAAUUAAAAAAUAAGCAUACGCACAAAGCAUAUACAUUUAUAAAUGUGGAAACUUUCGUCCAAAAGCUAACCUUUUGGGUUUAUUUGCAACGCAGCUGUGAUAAAAACGAACAAAGAAAGCGUAGUUAAAUAUUAAGAAGGAACAACUUACUUUAGUUUGAAACAAAAUACGUCGAUUUAUUGUAUUCUAAGGCAAAGGCGAAUUUAUUUAUUAAUUUUUUUUUUACAUUUUUGCCGCUAGUAUUAAAAAAGUGAAAUGAGUGCGUGUGUGCAAAAUUCAAACAAUACACCUGUUUCAGUAGUCUCUAAUGAGAAUUCGGCGUCAUGCGACCCAACGUUUAGUAGUAGUAUCAGUAGUAGAAGAGAAGUUAAUGAAAAUGCGCUUGGAUUCCCCAGUGUAUCUAAGGCGCGUACCGUCUCCACCUCCUCUUGCGCUACCAACAUGUCGACUGAGUCCUUCUGUAUCUCUCUCGGCGUAGGGCCUCUGUGGUGGUUUGAUGUCCCUACCCACCACAGAACUGAUCACGAUAGGGCGUCACUCUUAACUGAUUAUUCUCGGAAGACUUCUGUGGAUUCAGGUGGUGGCAAUGCAUUCGAAAGCAUCCGCUCUUCGUCGGAGUGCUCUGAGUCGGACGGCGGUGAUUCACAGCAUAGUGGUGAUGUGCAUUCACUGUAUUCUGAAGAUGAUUGCCAAGAGAUGGUCAAACACAUUUUGCAACAUGACAAUCCAACUCGCAUUACCAUCAAAUUGCACGUAACUGAAAACAAAUAUACGAAAUGGGAGUCGGUUUUGAACCCCAUAAAUAACAUCUUGUACGUUGCAAUGCCUGAGGAGCUUCCACCAGAGGCUUCAAAGGAUACAUUCAUAUCCUUGCUAGAAUUCGCCGAGGAGAAGUUGGAUGUGGAUGCAGUUGUUUUGUGUGUAAACAAGAACCGACCGGAUCGUGCUUGUCUUUUAGAGACUUUCUUGAUUAUGGGAUUCCAACCUUUGUCAAGGAAAUCGCCGAUGGCACCACCAGCUACUGCUGACGAUUCAGAGAAUUUCUUCCUUAUCUACCACAUUGAAGACUAAGUUGACAUAUCAAAACCAUCUUGAAAAUGUAUGUAUGUGCCGCUAGCUUAUUCAUAACGACAAAGGAAACAACAUCAACAACACCAACACCAAAUUGAAGCACUUUUUAAAGAAAAGGGACAACAAAAGAAAUGCUUACAUACAUCCUUAUUUAGUCAGUUAUGCAAUUCACACUGGCGCACAUACCAAAUGUCAAC